GAUGGAGUCAUUCUUGGAGCAGACACAAGAGCAACAGAAGACACAAUCGUCGCUGACAAAAACUGUGCAAAGAUUCAUUAUAUUGCACCCAACAUAUAUUGCUGUGGAGCUGGCACGGCUGCCGACACAGAAAUGACGACACAGAUGGUGUCUUCCAACCUGGAGCUUCACCGUCUCAACACUGACAGGAAUGUGCGUGUCGCAACUGCAAACCAAAUGCUGAAGCAGCAUCUCUACAGAUACCAAGGCUACAUUUCGGCAGCUUUGGUUCUUGGUGGUGUUGACAUUGCUGGUCCCCACCUAUACUCAAUCUACCCACAUGGCUCUACUGAUAAGUUGCCAUACGUCACUAUGGGCUCUGGCUCACUUGCUGCAAUGGCAAUUUUUGAAGAUGGCUGGAAGCCUAAUAUUGAUCUUGAGGAAGGCAAGGCACUAGUAAAGACAGCAAUCAGAGGAGGUAUCUUUAAUGAUCUUGGGUCUGGCAGUAAUGUAGACCUGUGUAUCAUCACCAAGGACAAGGUAGACUACAUACGACCAUAUGAGGAAUCGAAUGAGAAGGGCAAAAGACAAGGUUCUUACAAAUACAAACGUGGCACAACGUCAGUUCUUACUAAGGAUGUGAUUAGGUUUGAUGAGCUGGAUAUCGAGGUUGUAAGUGAAGAAGCAAUGGAGACAUCAUAAGACCCAUAGGUGGCAAGAUCAGAGCGAGGCAUCAUUUAUUGUGCUGCACAGAGGUGAUUGUGCUGAAUAAGAAAAUGGAAACCAUGUACAAAUGUUUAGUUACAUAUAUGAUACACCUCCGUACAGCAACCUUUGCUCGUUCACUGUUUUGAGACUAUGCCUUAGAAUGCCAACAAUGGUAAGAAACUUUUCCAUGACUGAUAUUGGUAUUAUACCAUACUGUCAGGUGUCAAUCUAGCACUGUGGUCGAUUAUAGUCCAAGUGGUCAUUGCCAUGGUAAACUUAGAUACAUCGUCACGUUUAAAUUGUUAAAAUUAAUAAAUGACUCCAAUAUAACCUGUAAUUCCAUUAAACAAUAAAAAAAGAAAAGAAACGAAGAACACUCUGUUUUUUA